UGAGUAGAACCCUGUAAGACCACGCGGCAGUGUUUCAACUGAUCUCGUUGAUUUCAGUUCUGCAGGCCAAUGUUACUUCCAUUUUUUUUUUCGGCAUUGACUAAUUUCUAAUGUUACAGUAGUGAAAAAUAUUAAAGUAAAUAAAUAAAUUUUUGACUUUUAAAAUGUUUUCAAAAUCAUUUAAAUUAAUAUUGUGUUUAAUAAUAAUUUUUGAUUGUGGAGCUCUAACAAUUUCAAAAAAUACAGAAUUUCCACCGUUAUUUCAAUCAACAUGGGGGUACAUGGAAGAAACUUUAGAAUGGGAAGCAAAAGAACCCAUUAGUAUAGAAAGAGUUUUUUCCGAGUACGACUUUAUUGUAGUCGGUGCUGGAAGUGCUGGAGCAGUAGUAGCUAGUAGAUUGUCCGAAAUAAAAAAAUGGAAGGUAUUAUUAAUUGAAGCUGGAAGUAAAGCAAUACAUUUCAUGGAUGUGCCUAUAACAUCUCAAUUGUUACAAGCCUCAGAAUACAACUGGAAGUACAGGACUAUACCAAUGAACACAUCUUGCUUAAGUUUUGAUGACCAACGUUGUAAAUUUCCUAGAGGAAAAGUAAUGGGUGGUAGCAGUGUAUUGAAUUACAUGAUAUAUACACGUGGUAAUAAAAUGGACUACGAUAAUUGGGCGAAAAUGGGCAAUGCAGGAUGGAGCAACGAUGAAGUUAUGCAUUAUUUUCUGAAAUCGGAAAACGCUAACUUAUCUUCGUCUGAUGUGGAAUAUCAUAGAAAAAAUGGAUUUUUGUCAGUGCAAGACGUACCAUUUAGAACACCUAUAGCUAAAGCUUUUGUGGACGCUGGAUCACAAAUAGGACUGCCUGUUAUCGAUGUGAAUGGAGAAAACCAAAUCGGGAUUAAUUAUAUACAGGCUACCAUGAAGAAAGGUCGUCGUUAUAGUACAAAUACGGCUUUUCUAUUUCCAGCAAGAAUGAGAUCGAACUUACACGUGAAAAAAGACAGUAUAGUAACACGAAUAAUUAUAGACAAAGAUACAAAAAAAGCAACUGGAGUGGAAUUUGUAUCUAACGGUAAAAAAUAUAGAGUGUUUGUACGCAAAGAAAUAAUUGUUUCUGGUGGAACAAUAAAUUCGCCGCAGUUACUCAUGUUAUCGGGAAUCGGUCCGAAAGAACAUUUAAAAGAUGUAAAAAUUCCAUUGGUAAAAAACUUGCCAGUUGGUGAAAAUUUAAUGGAUCACGUGGCAUUGGGAGGUUUGUGCGCUUUGAUAAAUGAUACUAUUUCAUUGAAAACAGAGCGAUUACUGAAAAAUCCGUAUAAUAUGUAUGACUACACAGCAAAUAAUCAGGGACCAUAUACAAUACCAGGUGGUGCGGAAGCUUUGGCAUUUUUCGAUUUAGACCGACCGGGAUUCGCAGAUGGACACCCAAAUUUGGAACUACUGUUAAUAUCUGGUCUGUUUUCAGACAACGAUUACACUCAUAGACUGUUUGGUUUAAAAUCCGAGGUUUAUGAUAAAGUGUACCGAAAAACCGAAAAAAUGGACGGCUUUACGGUGUUUCCGAUGAUUAUGCGACCGAAGAGUAAAGGCCGUCUGUGGCUGAGAGACGCAAACCCGUUCCACCAUCCAAUGAUCGAUCCCAAUUACUUUUCGGACGAAGUGGACUUGGACGUGGCCGUAGCCGGAGUACGAAUUUUCCAACAGAUGUUGAAAACGAACGCGAUGAAGAAGCUCAACGCCACGUUAUUCGACACCCCGUUGCCCGGUUGCGCCAAACACAAAUUCGAUUCUGACGCGUACUGGAAAUGUUCGGCGAGACACAUAAGUUUUACCAUCUACCACUUGUCGGGCACGUGUAAAAUGGGACCAGCGGGUGACCCCACAGCUGUGGUGGAUCCGAGAUUGCGAGUACACGGAAUACGCGGCCUAAGAGUCAUCGACGCGUCGAUAAUGCCGGAAGUACCGGCAGCGCAUAUCAACGCUCCUACGAUUAUGAUCGGCGAAAAGGGAGCGGAUAUGAUUAAAGAAGACUGGGGUAUUAGAAUAUAGCACAAAUUUUAUCAUUAAUUAAUUAGCCAAAUUUGUUGUACAUACUUCAUUAUCAUUUAAAAAAUUAGUGUGUUCAAUCGUCCUCGACUAGUAUACCCUACCUAUUUUGUAAUUUUAUGCGACUACUAGAUACUUGUCAUUUCCUAUAAGAGAAACAACUUUUAAUAAUCAUAAUGCCCGGUAUCCGGGUGACUGAUUUAACUGAUAUUCGCUAUAUAGUACCUACUUAAUUACUAGUACAACAAAUACCUACAACAAACAAGCAGACCAAUGUUUUAUAUUAUACAGAAUACGGCUUGAGUGCCUUGAUCGGUUAUAGUAUACGUUCGUGAUGUAUCAAGGAUCACAGCAUUCAACAAACCCGUUUUAAAUCGAUCCGUAUUUAAUAUAAUUAUAUUCAGAUCAGUACAAUAGUAGAUAUUUGCGAUUUUAAAGUCUUUCUUUCUUUAAGCAUUUAUCUUAUGAUGACGAAAAAAUUAUUCUCAAAAACGUAUAACAAUUAAUCUUUGUUUUUAAAGUAAAGUUUAUGUUUACAUCAAUUAAGAAUAUUUAAGAUUCUGCAGUUCUUUUUAAAAUGUGCAUUUGUACUAUAUAUAAUACCUAAGACUAGUCUACUAUAUAAAAUUAAUGCCUACAAGUAGCUUAAGUGACAAUGCUCUGCAGAAAUUAAUCGAGUAAAAAAUUAUGGAUUAGGUACUUAUUUACAUUGUUUAUAAGAUUUCUAAUCCAAUUAAAAAAAUUAAAAAUCAUACAUAGUAAACUUUAAUGCUAUUUUGGCAUAAGUUAUUUAUUACUUACUAUUAUAUAGUUAAAAUGUUGUAGAGAUAAUUUUUAUGAGUAUUCAAACCGAAGUAUUGUUGGUAACUGAUUAUUUUUCAAAACCAAAUACUAAAUAGGUACCAAUAUCAAUCAAUAUAUACUAUAAUUUGGUUUACUGUAGCUAAACCUUAUUUAAAUAUAAAUUAAAAAAUUCUCUUUAAAUAAAAGCUAAAAAAUACACAAACACUGACAUUAUACAACACAAUUAUAGCAUCAUAAAUGACUCAUGAAAUUAAGAACUAUUUUUCAGCCAAUAAAAUAAAAAAAAAAUUGUUAUAAUAUAUUUAUAUAUAUGUAUAUAAAAAUACUUGAUUAAUAUAUUAUAAUUUAAACAA